AUGACAGACGGCACAUCUCAGGCCGCUAAGUUCAUGUCGUCCGUCAACGGAUUGGUGCCGUCGACGAUUUUCGAUCGCAGUGCGUAAUCGUUCCUCUUUGAAAGUCGCAAGCGAAAACAUUUCAGUUCACUCCGACAUGGACGUUUCGGAGGAAAUGGAGGAGAUUCGCGAGGUGCUCUACGAGAUGAUAAAGAAGAAUUUCCCGAUGGGAGUGGCGGCCACGCAUCUCGCUGACAAAUACCACGAGGAGUGAGUUCAUCAACUUUUAAAAGCAACUCAAUUACUUUCUAGCUUCGUCUCGAAAGGCCUCGGACGGGAACUUCCGGAUGACUGGAUUCAACAGGUGACCGCCGCCGAAGAGUUCGAAGCACAAGUGAGUGAGAAUACUCGCUUUCCUGCACCAUCCGCCUUUCAGACACGUGGUCCGAUCACGAUUCUCUUCGUCCGUCUCUCCAACACUUCUUCUUUCAAGAGACCGCCAAUCAAUUCGGUGAACGUACGAGGUGAACAGAUCGGGGGAAAUUCGAACACACAUUAA